AACCUGGCUGUCCAGGCCAAAAGAAACAAAGUGAAUUUAGUUCUGCCCACUGUGGCUCCCUGCUCCGAAAAGGACAAAGCAGGGAAUUGGUUACACACCCCACACGCUGUCUGUAAGGUCACAGGGAGCUUCCAAGCUUGGGAACACGAGCACCGUGCUUUGCCCCAGUGCAGAGAAGAGGGACUCGCUUGAGCCCCAGCUUUUUGAGAGGGCUGGACUGUUACAGACCUGCCUCCGCUACCCGUGGCUUCUGUCCCGCUGGGGCCACAGCAGCAGACUGACUACAGACCCCAUCAGGGCUGCCUGCGGGGUCCACGGCCGGCAUGCUGCUCUACCCUGGCAACCGGGGCCGCCGUGCCCUGCCGCAGGCUAACGCGGCCCCUCGCCCACAGCGCUCGGGACCGGGACCGGGGCCGGACCCGCAGCAGGGUCAGCAGUUCUGCGUGUGCUGCGCAGAGACCGCACCUGGGCCUGGCUUCGCGUAUCGGCGCGGCGGGAGGACGGAAGCCACGCCAUCACCUGCACCAGCCGCUGCCUCAGGGAGGAAGAAGCGGCCUACCUACGCGCCCGGCAGUACCACCCCCCGCCCCGUACCACGCCGCAGCCGCCGGCGGGAGGGGAGCUCAGCCUGCUAGCCGCACAGCUCCGUGCCCUGGCCGACAGCCUCUCGCCGCCCACCGCCGCCGCUCCGGUUUGGCCCUGGCCCCAGGCCGAGGCCGAGGCCGAGGCCUUCCCCCCGGGCCCACCGGACGCCGCCUGGGCCCGUCUCCUUGGCAACGCGCUGGAGGGGGCGGGACCCACCGCCGCGCACGCGCACUACGCCCCCUGCCCGCACCAAUAAAAACGCC